AUGGGUUCGGAAACGCUUACAGAACAACGACCUCCUAAUCGUCCCGUGGAACUAGCAAGGUCGAAAUCAUCAACACUCUCAUACUCGGCAUUGAUUGAAUAUUCUGAAAACUGGAUGGACGACUCUUUCCAGCUUGAAAAAUCGCAGGUACUACUAGAUGAGCCGGAAUUAAUUGUUGAAGACGAUGAUGGGGAUAUCCAGCCACGGCAUAACACACAGGAUGAUAAGCGAGAACCUGUAAACAUUGCAAAUUUGGAACUUGCAGAUAGCCAAUACACCUGCGAUGAGUUGUUGAUGAACAUUACAUCGCCCACCAGGGAAGUAGUCACGAAUGAAAAGAGACGAAUACUAUGGCCGAAGUUGUUACUUGCAGGUCAUGCAGCAGACAAGUUGGAAAAGCCUGGGUCGCUACUACUGACUCCGUCCGUUGCCAGCCAUGCGAAUUUCUCGCCCGAUAGCUUUUUGGAAAACUUGGACUGCGUGGAUUUACCUCCACAUAAGGAUGAAGACCAGGUGAAAUUGGAUAUCCAGAGGUCAUUCACGAUGUUGAGUCACAUUCAGUCAAUCAGUGCAAGUACAAAUGCAAGUCCAAGUGCAAGUGUUAAUGUCAGUGCCAGUGCCGGUGCCAGUUUCAAUGGCGGUGCCGGUGUCAGCGCAAGUGCCAGUGCAAGUGCUAGUGCUAGUGUAACAUCGAGCUGUGCAUUGAGCUCCACUGAGAUGUUAGAAAAGGGUUGUUCGUCGUUCACCACAAUCAUAAGCCCCUCCGAUAUUAAGUUUUUGAAAAAAAUUCUAUCAAACUUGAUCAUCAAGGUUCUUCGAAGAUACCCGAGCUUAAACUAUUAUCAAGGCUAUCAUGAUAUAGCCAGUAUCGUACUACUAGUUUGCUACGACUCCAAACACGCCGAGCUUACUGAAGAAGAUAUCGAUCAAGACUUGGCAUUUAGCAUACUUGAAAAAUUGACUGUUUUCCACCUCAGGGACUUUAUGAUUUCAGAAAUCAGUUUAUCAGUCAACCAUUUGCGGUUGAUUCCCGCCAUUUUGGAAAAUGCCGACAGGCAAUUAUUCGAAUUAAUCAAACAAACAUCCAAUUCGUUUCUCAUGUCGCUGGGAAAAAGAUACGACUAUAUUUUUCUUCAAGGGCUCUCGUCGAUAUUGACCUUGUUUUCACACGACUUGUCAAAUCUAUCACACAUUCUCACCGCGUGGGACUUUAUAUUGAGUUAUGGGUCAGUGUUUUCAAACGUUUACAUUUACUCAGCCGCAUUGCUUGUCUUUAAACUGCAAAUCUGGGAGAAGCUACUGCUACUGCUGCAAGCGGAAGAAGCGGAUUUUGAAAAUGUGGAUCCAGACGCCGUGCAUGCAGCGAUAUCCCCUGCAGCGUUAUUUGAUGGUAUCAACGACAAACAGUGGAACUUGGUAUUAAUCAAGGCGAAAGCUUUAAUCGAGCAGCAGCAACCAUGGGCCAAAAAAAUGGAGAAUUCGAAAUGGACAUGGGACAAGUGGUUUGUAGAGCAUAACCCGCACUCUGUGCUUCUCACCACAUCAGCCAUUGACGCACCAAAGAACGAAUCCUUUUUUGCCAAAUACUCGAAUCUACUCGACCCAGACAACCAUGCCUUGAGCGAGCUCGUGCAAGCUCAAGAUGACGAAGUCACCAAACAGACCCUCGACGAAAUUCAAGAACAACAAGCAUUCUUUGCCGAGGAGGACGAACUUAAUGGAUCGAUGGACUCAUCAGAAUACGAAUAUCAUUCAGAUACUGAAACUUCCAACAUCAAUUCACUAAGCUCAUCGCUAACACUAAACACAUCGUCAUCACUAUACAAGAUCACGUCGGCGGGAGCAAUAUUCAAAAACUUGUUUUCGCGGAACCACGAUGACGAGGAGAAGAAACUAGUGAUACGCAACAAGAAUUGGUUCAUGAGUAGGAAUUUUUACAAAUUCAGUAUCGCGGUGGGGGUCAUUGGGUUCGUUAUUCAUUUCUUGCUCAUCAAAAAUGGCAGUGGUCAAUUUUUUUACCGACAAAUGUUGGCAAGCUCGGCAGUAACGGAGAUCAAAAAUGUCAUUGGCGAUGUUGGAGUCAUUCUCGGCAACUUGAUCUCAACUCCACAAACGCACUCUCCCAAUGUAUUGCAGGUCGGUACAGGAACGUUGAGAAAUACAUUAUACGGCAUUGGGUCGUAA